CGCGGCUUGGAGCCUGCGGGCCUCCGUAUGGCCGGCGUCUCCAUGGCGACCGCGUGGUCCUGGCGGCCUCCAUUGUUGGGUUGUCGCUCUGGGUCCCCCGGGCGCGCGGCGUGCGACUGGGGCGGAGCUCCGCAGGUGACUCCAGACCAAGGAGGAUGAGCAGUGGGCCCCGGAGGGCUGCUUCUUCCUGUCUGACAGAUGGAGGGAAGCAGCUUCUACAAGGUUCGCCCUGGGGCUGCUGACCCCGAGAGCAUCGCUGGUCAAGCCAGGAGCACGCCCGCCUCCCCCUCCACAGACGUUCACAAGGGUCUUAAGGGGGUCGUCUUUUCCUCCUCACCGAUCUUAGACUUGAGUCAAAGUGGUCUUCACCAUUUAGGAGAGAUCUUUAAAAUCCCCACCCUUAAACAAUUGUAUCUUCAGAGAAAUGCCCUCUCUGCGAUUCCCAAAGAUUUCUUUCAGUUACUGCCAAACCUUACUUGGCUAGACCUCCGGUUUAAUGGAAUUAAAGUGCUUCCUUCUGGGAUCGGAUCUCACAAGCAUUUGAAAACCUUGCUUUUAGAAAGAAAUCCCAUCAAAAUGUUACCUGUGGAGCUGGGGAACGUGACGACACUGAAAGCGCUGAACUUGAGGCAUUGCCCUCUGGAAUUCCCCCCUCCGCUGACUGUGCAGAAGGGGCUGGUGGCCAUCCUGUCCUUCCUGCAGACCUGUGCAGCAGAGCACUGCUCCUCCCAGGAUGUAACUUCUCGAGCAAUUUCACAAGUUAAAAAGAUGAACGUAAGUGAGCUGCCUCAUCCCUUGUUGGAUUUAUCCGAAGACCGUGUGCCUGACAGGGAAGCCAUUACCUCUCAGGAUGGAAAGGGGACCACGUUGAAAGAAAAGGCAGACUUUUUCCCGCCGGUUGAAAAACUAGACCUGAGUGAGCUCAGAAAGUCCACCGACUCCUCGGAAAACUGGCCGAGUGAGGAGGAGAUCAGGCGCUUCUGGAAGCUGCGGCAGGAGAUUGUGGAGAACGAACAAGCAGAAGUUCUUGAAAACCAGCUCUUACCAAUGGAAUUGCCUCCCAACCUCAAGGCAGCGUUGAACACCAGGGAGAAAGAGCGUUCCAGCCGAAGACACGCUUUCAGAAGGAAGACCCCCUCCUUCAGGAGCAUCCUGCCUGCCCUCCCGUUGUCGCACCAGGCAGUGAUUGGGGCAAGGAGGCUGGAGGAGAGCCGGGCUGCGGCCCUCCGGGAGCUCAGGGAGAAGCACGCCCUGAUGGAGCAGCGGAGAAGGGAUAGGAGAGUGCUGCAGGAGUGGAGAGAGCACACCCAGCUGAUGAAGAGGAAGAAGGAGGAGCUGAGCGAGCUCCUGCCCCCACAGAGGACGCUGGUGGCAUCAAAGAUUCCCUUUGCCACAGAUCUGAUGGAUAAUGAGAAAAUACCAAAGAAUUCAUUUGGAAAAACGAGACAAAGCAAAGAGAAAUCAUCGCCAGCAAGUAAAGAAAUGGGUGCCGCCCAAGAGGGGGAUUUAGAAGAAAAGCUAAAGCAGCACAUAGAGCAAAUGCACGAACGAAGGAAAAGGUUUCGGGGGAUGGUCCCACUCGAGGAAAUAAGGAAGGCUACACAGGACUUGGAAAUUGGCAGAAAGCUACAGGAUGAAGUAAUGAAACUAAAAUUGGGAUCGACUUUGAGCGAAAAUCACCGAUUCACAGCUCUCUCUGGAAACCUGUCACUUCGCCCGCCUGCAUCACAGCCUCAGAAUAUAUUUUUUAACAUGAAAUAUUAAGAAUCUGAAAAAGUUUACAGAUACUAAUGGCAAGGUGUCGCCUGUACUGACUGAGACAUCACCGACCCGACCCUCGGCUGGGCGUCCUGUCCUCAGGUGUCUCGUGUGUGGUGGGGGUGGGGGGGGAUCUAUUGGGAUUCGAUGUAACUCUGGUGAUUUAUUCAGACACCUCUUCUUCUCAUUUCUGCUGCUUUUCUGGGGCUGUAAAGGUUUGAGCUGCUUGAGAAGAGACUGCUGUAAACAAGCCGCGUGCUGUUCGUUUCUGUCGACAUGUUUCUGCCAGUCCAGUUGACAGAAUGUUCUGGAUGUUAGCACCUGCCCCUCCCCCUCUGCCACUCUGCCACCCAGGUCACAAAUGUAAUCACAGCUUUCAGUGACUCCCUGUUCUAUUGUGGGGGAGGCCAGGUCUCCAAUUCCUGCCAGAUCAGAAGCCCUGUGGUCCUGUCUGCCCUGGAGGGAGGGCAGCUUGCUCGAGGGCGUUGGGGAGCUCACCUGCUGGCAGCCUUGGCCUUGCCCUGCACGUGGGGUAGUGGGCGCAGUGGGCACAGCCCUGCCCUGCGGCUCCCGGGCCUCCAUCCACAGAGCAGUCUUUAUCACGUCCUCACCAGGCUAUUCAGAUUCUGACGGGUCUCUGCCCUGUAGGUCUGAUUGGAUGUUAAAUAAGGGCUUGAUCUUGAAAACAUCUUUGAUUCGAUUUCUUUAAUAGAUAUAGGAUUAUUCAGAUUUUCUGUUUUUGUGUUAACUUUAGUAAAUAUGUUUUUAAUGAAUUUUUGCAUUUCAUCCAAGUUGUCAAAUUUAUAGCAUCAAGUCCUUCAGAUGACCUGGACCCGGGCCCUUGUGGCCACCGGCCUCACUCUGGUUGUAGUAGCCACACAGGGUGUCCAGGCCCCCUCAGAAGGUCCCAGUGCCCUUGCCCCUCGGGGAAUGGGGUCCCCAGGUCUGAGAUGGAUGGAUGUCAGGGGGUCUGCUCGCUUUUCCUGGCCCCACUCUCACUCGUCAGGGUCAGGACCACUGAGAGCAGCAGGAAGAGGGUUGGGGGCAUCAAGACCCACACGCUUAGGGUCUGGGGAAACUCU